UUUGCAAAUCUUCUUUGUCUUGUGGAUGUACGCAAAAUGCCUAAACAUAUUUCUAACUUUAUCUCGAUCAUAUGAUAUCUUUGGUAUAUAUUGAGAAAACACCAUGGAAGCUGUAUCGGCGUGGAUUUGGUACUCGGUUAUCCUUGUACCAAGCCACACGUUGGUUUUUCCUAUUUUUCAGAUAGCAACGGCGGCAUGAACGUAGGAGAUUGGUUACAAAGUGCCAUUUGCAGCGCAAAGUGUCGCGCGAUCUCAAAUCUUCUAUCAAGAUCGCACUUCCAAGCUUGGUGUAGCCUGUAGAACGGAAGCUGAAGAGAAACAUUCGAUAUACAUGUAGACGUAAAAGUGAUCAAGAAAUCGUAGAACAUAGUUAGACUCUGUGUGAAAUGUGAAAAUUUGAAACAAGUCAACAUGGAGAUUAUCAUGGAACGUGACGCAACGACCAAAAAUUCGACUACACCAAUGGCCUCCAUGAGGUUCGCCAAGCUACAAUUCAUGUUCCUUCUUGGUCCACAAGAGGGGAUGUGACUUGAUUUAGAAGCGAACCUCGACAUACGAUGAAUCGCCUCAGGGAUCGUCAGAUAGAAACGUAGGCGCAUAACAAAAAUAAAUCUAAAAAGAAAACAAUAAAGCAGUUACGACGCGUAGCGCGUUCAACAAAGCUGGAAAAUGGAUUCGACAAAAUUGGGCGGUCCGACGCCGGCUAGUCCGACUCACUCGCCAGUUCUGCCGAGUUACCCAACGUCUGGCGAAGGUAAUAUUGAUUACAUCAUAGGUGAUUAUAUGGAGAGACUGGGUACGAGACUGAAUAUUCUCGAGACCGAGCUGAAGUACGCAUGGAGAGCAUUGGAUCUCCUCAGUCAGGAAUAUAUCAAAAUGUGGGAAAGAUUAGAAAAGUUGGAGGGCUUGCUGUACGAACAGCAAACUGUGAUCAGCCAGUUGAUCGAGUUUUAUACCAGUGGUGGCACUCACGACAAUGUAAACAUCAUUGAGGAAACUUUAGCUAAUCAGCAGGGCUCGGUGGGUGAACUUGAUGCGAUCGCAAAGAGCCUAAGUGCGGCGAUAGAUAUCGAGGAUACUACCGUGCUACGGGAAAAAUUGGCUCAACAGGAAUUAGCAAGGAUGCAUGGGCUUACGCAAGAUAGUACAACGGCUGCGACUGUAGUCACCGACAUGCAUAGAAAUGUCAGAAAUCUCGAUACCUUGGAGACCCUCGAGGAAGAGGGCAACAUACCCGAUGAAGCAUUCUACAGAAGUCUGAACAACGCUUAUAGAGAAGAUUUGAUUUGUGGCGACACAUCAAGACCGACGUCGCAGCUGGGUAUGAUCUGGGAGGAGGCUGAAGACGAAGAUAUAAACGGUAAAAAGGAAGUGGAGCCUAGCAUUUUCGAUAAGGCGAUUCCAAAGGAGAAAGAACUAGAGGAACUGUCUAGUCAGCCGACCAAGGAGGAAGUACAAACCUCUAUAAUGAAGAAGCAAGAUGAAGCAGACGAGGAUGAAGGCGAGGUAUUUAGUGCAGCCGAUUACAAGAGCUACCGAGGGAAUACACCAUGCAUCAGUGAGCAAGAUCUCGCACAGCUUUCUAGACUCAGUUCUCUCGAUCAGGUGGCGUUAGAGAAAUUGCACGAGAUAGAUAGAUUAACCAGUAAGCUGCAGAAGGAUUCACAAAAUCUGAUAGAAUUGCAAUCGAGACUAAUAGAUUCACCGAAACGAAACCAGUAUUCGUCCGAAGCCGAGGCAAAACUGGCUGAGGAAGCAAGUAGUAUAGAUGAGCAAUUGAGAAAGAUUUACGCGGAGACUGACGUCGACAGCUGGACUUUUUCCAAAAGUCCCGGCUCUACCGGCGGCAGAUCAAUUUCCAGAGUCAGUACCGAUAGCGGAUUGGCUACUGACGGCGACUUUACAACGAGAUCUAUAUCGCCAAGACUGACUUCUACGUCCAGGAGCAACUUAGACUCCAUUUCGACUACCUAUACUCCGCCUAGAUUAGGUUAUACGUCGGCCAUACUGGAGAAGAGCCCAGAGCCCGUGAUUCAAUUGCCGAUCGAUGUCGGUAAUUUCGCGAAAGGAUAUGCGGAGAAUAAGGAGCUGACAGAUCUGAUGGCCGAAAGCUUCGCCGCUGUCACUUGCGCUUCACCCAAUAUUUAUAGUACAACCACCGACAAGGUACCAUCACCUACCUUGUCAGCCAGUAGCGUGCAAAGCGUUCACAGCGUUCAAGGUCUCCGCACCAGACAAGAUGGCUAUUUUGGUAGCGCGGCUCGGCUUAAUCUUGAAUUCCAAGAGAGCCGGACGCCACCUAGUCCGUCGCCUAGCUCGCCCCCUCCACCGGCGCCACGAGACACGACCGAAUCCUUCCUCAUGCCUGGCGCGGAUCAGAGAGAGCCAGAUGCGAAGAGAUCUCAAAGUCCGAGUUUCUUACGAAACGCGGAGAAACUAGUCUCCAUGGAGCAAGGUCGUCUCAGUCCCCGCACUCCUCAUUCGCCCAAGUCACCGAGAGUUUCGCCGAAACACGCGGUUAAAUCCGUUAGCGCCGCCAAUAUAGUAACGGCAAAAUCCGACUCCGGUUUAUCAUCCAUGAGCGGUUGGAGCAGCUUAGAUAAGUCACCGAGUUCCCCGAAAAGUUCCAUCACUAAGAUGUUGACUUCCUAUUCGGUAGAUCACACUCGUGCAAGUAAUCUCGUAUCCAGCACGCAACCCGCUAGAAUUUCCAGUCCAAUACCGCCGCUUCCCGAGACGACCAGUGCCGUCACUAUUACGCAGGAACCUCUCUAUGAUACUCCCGAAGGUAGAGAUGCGUUUACGAGCACUUUAACGACCACAGCCGGUCAUCCACCUUACACAACAACGAUGAAUCACUUAUCAUAUACCACCGCCAGCAAGUCGCCGGCUAAAGAAGAUUAUUCAUUUGUACCACCGCCAGCUCCGGGUGUAACCACUACCUGUCAGAGUCCCAAGAAACGCAGUCGUCAGCAGAGUCUCCAGCAUGCUUACGGCUCGAUGCCUUCUGGUACAAGUACAGAUUACAUCUACAGAUCGGAACAACCGGCUAUUUAUUCCGUGGCUGGUAGUAAUCGGCAGCAGGUUAUCACAAGCGUAUAUACUAGCGGUUCCGGUUCCUAUGGGCCAAAAACAACUACCUCGGCUUAUUACUCUUCUUCUGAGUCGAUGGAGCAUCAGUAUAACAACUAUCAAGAUUACGGUGCUCUUCAAUAUGCAGAGACGACGAGCGCUACAAUUAUUCACGCAAAGAAACCGUUGCGUGGAAGUUCAUUUACAGAAGGCAUGACGAAUCACGAAGGAUACAAGGCGGCAAUGUAUCGCACGAUGUUUCCCACUGGUAACAUCACCGAUGCGCUCUCGUACUAUCCGACCAGUGCGACUAAUCUGCCACGAACGGAGAUCAAUGAGAGCACAUCGUGGCUGAAUUCAAUGGAAGAACAGAUACCUCACGAUUCGACGUCUUCCAGCAUUAGAUCCUUAACUUCGGACGGUAGCUAUUCUCAGAGCCCGUAUACGGACCGUAGGUAUCCCCAGCCACCGGCCUAUCAGGCGCAUACGGCAUAUCAGCAGCAUCAUACUUACGCGAAUCAGAACUAUUCACAAGCUUAUCAACAACAAUAUCAGUCUUAUAGUCAACGAUUGAGUAAUGCCGAGAGCGCACAGCUCGCGGAUGGUUAUCAAAGACAAUGGCAGAGAGAACAUCAAUAUAUUCAAGAUCACGACAGCGGAAGGAUGGAACAACAACAGGCACAACAGAGCGAAUAUUACGACGCCUCGAGUGUGAUAGUCUCGCAAUCCGGAUACAUCAGCAUCGCUACGAAUUUAAAAGAUCACGAGGUCGAUAAUAGCAAGUUGGCGAAAAAGAUUAGAAGAGGCUCUUCGUUGAAGAAUGCAAUGAGUUCUAUGAGUAAUUGGUUACCCGAUUUGCAUCUCAGUAAACGUCACAGAAGUCAAUCGUUACCGGGCGGAGUCAGAAGAGAGGAUCUGGACAUGCCUCAAGACGCUCAACAGCAAAGAUUGCCUGCAGAGAUGAUAGGCAGAGGUCGGGGUAGAAGUCAAACUGCCAGGAAAAAGAAAAAGCACACACUGGUUUCCACGGUCUCCGGUAUCCUUCAGAAGGCCAAACGUCGCAGCCAUCAGUCGCAAUCUUUAUCCGAUCCGGAGCAGUCCGAAACCGAAUGGAGCAGUGGUAGACAGAGCGGUCUGUCAGAAGACGAAGAUAGCGUCAUAUCUGACAUCGCGCCAGAACCACCUUUCUUUGCCAAAGUAAAAACUGCUAGUAUAAAAAGGAAGCAACCGCCGCCACAGCAGAUGAUGACGUCACAGCAACAGAUGAUGGCACAACAGCAGAUGAUCGCGCAGCAACAGCAGAUUCAAACGCAGCAAAAAGAUUAUAUACAACAGCAGCAGCAUCAAGUGCUUCAGCAGCAGCAGCAGAUUUAUCAACAGCAGCAAAUGCUUCAUCAGCAGCAAGCACUUCAGCAACAGCAAACGCUUCAGCAGCAGCAAACACUCCAGCAGCAGCAUCAAGCGCUUCAACAACAAAUUCAACAACAUCAAGAACAAUUACAUCAACAAGCUCUUCAAGAUACAUGGACCAAGGAAAAGGACCAGAGAAAGAACGAAGUUAACGAGCAUGAUAUAAACGAGCAGUUGGGCAUGCUCGAGGAGGAAGCUUCGGGAAAGAGUACCGGCUCAGGAUCCGGUGGAUCAUCAAUCUUCCAAACAGUCGGUGACAUUAAGAGAUCAACGGGUAGCUCAGACGAGGCGCCUAAUGAGAAAGCGCCGAAAUUGCCUCCUGUCACUCUGAUUGGUGGCUCUAGCAUGGAGUUUGCCGUGUCUCGGGCACUCGGAAAGUAUCGUCAACGGCAAUCCUCAACAGUAUCCGAUGAGCAACCAGCAAGCGAAGAGAUUAAUAAUGAAAAGAGGAUCGAGGAAAGUCCGGCGCAAAUUCUGGAGACGAGCUUUGAAUAUCCGGAGGAUGUAUCGGAGAAGAGCGAGAAAUCGAGCAACGCGAAAUUGCCGGAACUUGUUACCAGUCUGUCGGAGGAAGCUCCACCGUCGGAAGGUAGUCCGUCAGCGUCUAGCAUGAGGGGUUAUAGCAGCACGGGAGGUACACGGUUUCUACCGCGCCACCAACAAUCUUUGGAGAUUCCAUGGACUGGUUCGCGGCCGGGAGAACCCGACGAGGAUAAUCGCAGUACACAUUCGUACAGGAGCACAUCGAGAGUGUCCUCGAGGCGACAGAGCACCGAGGAUUCGAUCGAUUCCGAGGACGAAUGGUAUUGUUACGAAUUAAGAAAACUCGAGGAGAUGGAGAGGCAAAAAGAGUCCGAAAUGGAAAUGACCGAGGUAUUGAUCGAGGAACCCGAAGACGAAGCCUUCCAACCAGACGAGACGGUAAAAGAAAAAAUGUCGUUCGUACUGAAGGAACUGAAACUCAAAGCUAUCACGAAACCGAAAAAUCAGAAGAAGGAAGAGAAGGAAGAAUCGCGAAGCGCCAGAAUGAAUGGUGCGGUCAUUAAGGAGCAUCGUUUCGACGAGGGCGAUAGUAGAUAUCGCGACGAGAAACCUAUUCCGAAGCGAAAGUCCGCGGAAAGCGUGGAAGCUGUGUUCGCCAGAGUAACCGAUUAUCAUACAUGGGCGUGCGAAUUAGAAGCCAAGAAGGAGAAGCCUCCACCGUCCAUGGAGGAGGGUUCGUCCGGCGAGACGUCCGGCCCGGACAGUCCCGGACAGUCAAUGGAUGAGGAGGAAGAAGAGGAGGAGCUGCCGAAGGAUCUCGAAGAACAGCAAUCGCGACGAAGUUCCAACGGUUCGACGCUACGUCAUAGCGAGAAGAUGCCGCAGGGCUCGGAUUCCCUAUCCCGCGAAGGUAGCGUAAGUGUACCACCUAGCGAAGUGUCGGUCAGCAUCCCGGGAGCUUGGGAUUCUGAAAGCACUGUCCUUGAAGGCCUCGAGCGCGACGGAGCCGGUAGCGCCGAGACGGCUACCACGGCGACCUUGAGUCUACCGAAGAUCAAGAUCGACUCCUCGUCCUGCGGAAGCUCGGACACGACAUUGAAGGAGGGCCAGGUGAGUCCUGGCCCGCCCGGGUCCAAGUGGAAGCUGCUCAAGGCCUUGAAGGAACGUAAGGCCGAGGAGAAGCUCAAGGAGGUCGAAGAUGCCUCUAAGGAAAACGCUAUCUCGCAGGGACCCCCGGCAAACGGCAGUGGCCCGGGUGGCGAAUCCGGUGGACGAGCGAACGGACAUCCGAGAGACAAUUUCUACAGCACCAUCGACAGUAUGCCGGACAUUCGACCGCGCCGGAAGUCGAUACCAUUGGUUUCCGAGCUGGUCUUGAAGACUAUGGCGGCGACGAAGAGGAACGCUGGUCUUACGUCCGCUGUACCGCGAGCGACGCUGAACGACGAGGAGCUGAAGAUGCACGUGUACAAGAAAACCCUGCAGGCGAUGAUCUAUCCCAUAUCGUCGACUACUCCUCACAAUUUUGUCACCUGGACUGCCACAUCGCCGACCUACUGCUACGAGUGCGAGGGUCUUCUCUGGGGCAUCGCUCGACAGGGAGUGCGAUGUAUGGAGUGCGGUGUUAAAUGUCACGAAAAGUGCAAGGACCUCCUGAACGCCGAUUGCUUGCAGAGAGCGGCUGAGAAAAGCUCCAAGCACGGAGCUGAGGAUAAGGCGAUUAGCAUAAUUACAGCGAUGAAGGAGAGAAUGAAGCAACGAGAACGGGAAAAACCGGAGAUCUUCGAACUGAUUCGCACAACGUUUUCAGUGGACCCGGAUACACAUAUAGACAGUCUCGAGCAGGCCGAACAGAUCGUCCUUGAAGGCACCAGCAAGUGGUCCUGCAAGAUCGCUAUCACAGUGAUCAGCGCCCAGGGAUUAAUCGCCAAAGAUAAGAGUGGCACAUCCGAUCCAUACGUGACGGUCCAAGUUGGCAAAGUGAAGAAACGUACGAGGACUAUGCCUCGAGAGUUAAAUCCAGUAUGGCAUGAGAAGUUCUACUUCGAGUGCCACAAUUCGUCUGAUCGGAUCAAGGUCCGAGUGUGGGAUGAAGAUAACGACCUGAAGUCGAAGCUGAGGCAAAAGUUGACGAGGGAGAGCGACGACUUCCUCGGGCAGACCAUCAUCGAGGUCCGGACACUCAGCGGCGAGAUGGACGUCUGGUACAAUCUGGAGAAGAGGACGGACAAGAGCGCGGUGUCGGGCGCGAUUCGACUGCACAUCAGCGUCGAGAUAAAGGGCGAGGAGAAGGUGGCACCUUAUCACGUGCAAUAUACCUGUCUGCACGAGAACCUCUUCCACAGCCUGUGCGAGGAGAACGGCGGUAUGGUGACUCUGCCACAGGCGAAGGGCGACGAUGCCUGGAAGGUCUACUUCGAUCCUCCCGGCGAGGAGCUCGUUGACGAGUUUGCCAUGCGUUACGGCAUCGAGAGCAUCUACCAGGCGAUGACGCACUUCCACUGCCUCUCAACCAAGUACCUGUGUCCAGGUGUGCCGGCCGUUAUGUCGACUCUCCUGGCAAACAUAAACGCGUACUAUGCCCACACGACCGCUAGUCCGGCUGUGUCGGCCAGUGAUAGAUUCGCCGCCAGUAACUUCGGGAAAGAGAAAUUCGUCAAGCUACUGGACCAGCUGCACAACUCUCUCAGGAUCGACCUAUCAAUGUAUAGGAACAAUUUCCCGGCCUCAAGCCAAGAGAAACUAAUGGAUUUAAAGAGCACCGUGGAUCUGCUGACGAGUAUCACGUUCUUCCGUAUGAAAGUCCAGGAACUGUCGAGUCCGCCGCGGGCCAGCACCGUCGUCAAGGACUGCGUGAAGGCAUGCCUGCGAUCGACCUAUCAGUUCCUCUUCGAGAACUGUUACGACCUGUACAAUCGGGAGUUCCAGGCGGACCCGAACGAGGCGAAGAGGGACUCGGACGAUCACGGGCCGCGGCUGGACUCGCUCGACUUCUGGCACAAGCUGAUCGCCUUGAUAGUCUCGGUGAUCGAGGAGGACAAGAACAGCUAUGCGCCCGUGUUGAAUCAAUUCCCUCAGGAGCUCAACAUCGGUCAACUGUCGGCGGCCACAAUGUGGUCUCUGUUUGCGGUGGACAUGAAGUACGCUCUGGAGGAGCACGAGCAGCAUAGACUGUGCAAGUCCUCGGCCUACAUGAAUCUACACUUCAAGGUCAAGUGGCUGCACGCCAAUUACGUCAAGGACGUGCCGCCGUACAAGGGCGCCGUGCCGGAAUAUCCGGCCUGGUUCGAGCCCUUCGUUAUGCAAUGGCUUAACGAGAACGACGAUGUCUCGUUAGAAUAUCUCCACGGUGCCUUUAGUAGAGAUAAAAAGGAAGGCUUUCAAAAGAGCAGCGAGCACGUGCUCUUCAGCGUUUCCGUCGUCGACGUCUUCACACAACUGACACAAUGCUUCGAUGUAGUAUCGAAACUCGAGUGUCCAGAUCCGGAGAUCUGGAAGAGGUACAUGAAGAGAUUCGCCAAGACCAUCGUCAAGGUUCUGGUGGCCUAUGCGGAUAUAGUGAAGAAAGAAUUCCCCAGUCAUCUGAAGGAAGAACGAAUCGCAUGCAUUCUGAUGAACAAUAUCCAACAACUUCGAGUGCAGUUGGAGAAGAUGUUCGAGUCGAUGGGCGGCGACAAACUCGAGGAAGACGCGGCAAAUAUAUUGAAGGAAUUACAACAACAGCUGAACGGCGCGCUGGAUGAUCUGGCCAUGCUCUUCGCGAAUAGUCUGGAGCCGCGAAUAACAGUUUCUGUUAGAGAGUUGGGAGAUCUUUUGUUAGCUAUCAAAGGUGGAGGGCAGGUAACUUUGUCGCAGCCAGCUCAAAGAAACAACGUAACUGCAGAAGCUGACGAUGUUUUGAGGCCGCUCAUGGUCUUACUCGACGGUAGUCUAUCUCUGUACGCCGAGUCGUGCGAGAAGACGGUAUUGAAGAGGCUAUUGAAAGAAUUGUGGAAGAUAGUUAUGAGAAUUUUAGAGAAAACCGUCGUUUUACCACCUAUGACGGAUAAGAGCAUGAUGUUCAAGAACUUGACAGAUAAUGCUAAAAAUCUCGCUGCUAACGCUAAGAUAGAAGAUAUGUCGAAGUUGUUUAAGAAUCACAUGGCCGGGAAACCCGAUGUGAAAAAUGCUCUUAGCGGAGUUAUGGAUAUCUCCAAGGAAGUGGAAAAGAAUCUUUCGCCGAAGCAAUGCGCGGUUCUCGACGUCGCCUUAGACACGAUUAAACAAUACUUCCAUGCCGGUGGUAAUGGCUUGAAGAAAACAUUCCUGGAAAAAUCGCCGGAACUGCAGAGCCUCCGUUACGCACUGAGUUUGUACACACAAACAACGGACACCCUCAUCAAAACCUUCGUUACCUCGCAAAUCAACCAAGUGCCGCUGAACAACGCGUCAACGCUACGUCAGCGUCAGCGUUCGAUGAGCAGCGAGAGAGGUGACGAAGGGGAAGGAGCCGAGGGUAUGGAAAGCCUCGAGGAACCCCUUCGACAGAGCAAGCCCUCUCUUCGUCGAGAGAGCCGACAAGUUCCAGAUACCGCCGGUUCGGAUGAAGGUUCGGUAGGCGAGGUGAGCAUCCAGGUGGAUCUCUUCACACAUCCGGGAACGGGAGAACAGAAAGUCACCGUCAAAGUUGUUGCCGCGAACGAUUUGAAGUGGCAAUUAGCAACAGGCAUGUUUAGACCGUACGUUGAGGUGAAUCUGAUCGGCCCGCAUCUCACUGGCAAGAAGAGAAAACAGUCAACAAAAUCAAAGAGCAAUAACUGGUCGCCGCAAUUCAACGAAAGCUUCGACUUCAUGAUCGGUAACGAGCAACAACAGCUGGACUUUUACGAGCUGCAUAUUUGCGUGAAAGAUUAUUGCUUCGCGAGGGAGGAUAGGCUCGUUGGCGUCGCGGUGAUGCAGCUCAAAGACAUCGUCGAGGAGGGUUCGUGUGCGUGCUGGCUGUCGCUCGGCAAGCGCAUCCAGAUGGACGAGACCGGCUGGACGAUCCUGCGCAUUCUCUCGCAGCGCAACAACGACGAGAUCGCCAAGGAGUUCGUGAAGCUCAAGAGCGAUAUCAGGCAGGAGACACCGCUGCCGAACCCUACCUGAGGAGAUGCGGCGCCGCGUUAAUAAGCCGACUGCGAAGCGACUCGAGUACUUCGAGCUUGGAAAGAGCUCGAAGAGAGGGAGAAAGAAGAGGAAGAGGAGGAACAGGAGGCCGUCCAAAGGGAGUUAGCAUAUUCGAUGCCUAUGGUGCCACGAGCGAACGAAAUCUUUCACGACUAAUUUCGCGAGAAAGAGAGAGAGAGAGAGAGAGAGAGAGAGAGAAAGAGGGAAUGAAAGAAAGAUGUAAUUCGCGCAAUUCACAUGACGAAAACGAUUAUACUCGAAACCUUCCGCCCUUCUCCGCUACGAGACACAAUGCCGGGGAGGAACGAUCCUAGGCAGCAGGAUGCGAUUUAUCGUGAAAUUUCCUCCCUCCGGCUUUCCUCGCACCGCAGAAUUCGGUCGAGUUUGGUAUUCCUCUCCCUUUUUUACGUCUUACAUACAUAUACAUACAUACGUACAUAUAUACAUAUGCACAUAUAUAUAUAUAUAUACAGAGCUUUAACCCCGUCCCUGGACAGCGACGAUGAGCACCGGGAACCACCCACAGAUCCCGAACUAGGACGACGAGCUAGGUCAACAAUCCCGCGUGGCUCGGCGUUCGUCCGGCAUACAAUAAGGAAAGAAAAGAGGGGAAUUUCUCCCAUCCAGAUUUACGAAAAGUUAAAAAUAAUCGAGGAAGAAUAGAGCUCGACAGCGACGACGACGACGACGAGAGACGCUUUAAUACUAUAUAAGACAUAAGAGACACAUCGGACUCUUGUUCGUGCGAAUGCCGCAGGUGAGAGAGGGGAGGAAGGGAGGAGAGUGUUCGCGAGACGAGGAAACGCGAAACGUGAAAAUAGUGCUGCCAGUAUGCAAUAUAUUUGGUAAUAUUCGUAACGUAAAAUAGGACGAGAGAGAUUAAAACACCGCGAAAAGGACUGAAAUACGGUGUUUUUUCGCACAAAACGCGAUGUUACUCUCUCGAUCGGACGCGCCGCCGUUCGCCGAAAGACUGACCUCGAGGAGGGAGAAAACGAAGAGGAGACGAAAAGGGCGGAUCCAGCGUAUGCAGGAUUAUUGAUUAUGCAGAACGAAGAGGAUCGCAACAAAAAAAAAAAUACGAA